AUGGAGCGCACACUCCAGGGCUCCUGUGCCUGCGGACGCAACCACUACGUCGUCCAAGUCCCUCCCGCAUCUGAUCAACUCGCCUCCGUUCUCUUCGACAGCAGCCUCCGAACCCGCCGCCACCAAGGCACGCCCUUCAGCGCCUUCCUCCGCGUGCCCCUUAGCUGGUACCGCUCAUCCGCCGAGCCGCUGUUCCCGGACGAGCCGCUCUCCCUCAUCCGCCGCACCUUCUACGAGCCGCAAUCGACACUGCCAGCCACGACGACGCUGCCCGGCCUCCGCCGCCAGUUCUGCGGCUUCUGCGGCACCCCGCUGACAUCAUGGCACGAGCGCACGCGCGAAGACGCCGAUUUCAUCUCGCUGACGCUGGGCAGCCUGCGCGAGCAGGACGUGCACGAGCUGGAAGAUAUGGGUUUGUUCCACGGGGACGCUUCGUCGGAUGAAGGAGGAGUCAUGUCGGUGCCGACGAGCAGGGCUGUGACGCCGCCGUCGGUUGCUGGAGGCGCGCAGAGCCAGCAGCAAGCGAGAAUGACAAGAGAGGUUUUUGGGCCGUUGCAGGUCACGCCGGGUCGGGGUGCGCCGUGGUUUGAGCGGUUGGUGGAGAACAGUCGUCUGGGGAAGAUUAACAGGACGCGCGGGGGUUAUGCGUCCGAGGAUGGUUCGUAUCGUGAGGAGUGGGAAGUGGUGGAGUUCACCAAUGAUGAGGGCGAUCCGAUGGAUACCACCGUCACGACCGGAAAGAGGAAGCUGUCUUCGUGA